AUCUACAUAUAUUAAAGAUAGCCAUAACCUAAUUAAAUUCAAUAUAAUUUUUGUACGGUUCCAGUAUUAUAAAAAUAAAUUAUCAAAUAGAAACGAAGUUUAUUUUCCUAAUGCAGUUAUCUUUUGGCGUGCAAAAUGUUUUGUCCAAAACUUCGCACAUCGAUCAAGCUCAGAAACGUUAUAGGUUAUAUUAACGAAUUCAAUCACAACAUCAUAUGCAAUAAACAACUCAAAAAUGAGCAUUUGCAACUCAGAUGGCAGUCUCCUAGCAAUAAUUUCUGUACGCAAAAGUUGCCAAAGACUGCCAAUAUUUUUGGAGACAUAUCGGGCAGAAAAUUCGAACAUUUUGAGAUGGACAAAAGAGAGCAAGAAGAAGAGAAAUUUCAGGAUACCGAAGCAUGUAUUCCACGUCGACUGAAACCUAGUCCAGGAGGGUACGCUAAAAUGAUCAAGUCACAUAUAUCUAAGAAAGAUCCGAAUUCUGCUCUGAAAGUGCUUGAUCUGAUAAAACAAAAUCGGGACAAGCCUACAAUAUAUUUGUACAAUCUUAUAUUGCAUUCUUUUGCCGAACAGGGUGACAUAAAACAAUGUAUGCAUUUAUACAAUAAGGCAAAGAAACAUGGUUUGCAACCAAAUGCAGCAACUUAUACCACUUUGUUCAAUGCAUGCGCUAUAUGUGAUAGAAAUGAGAUAGCUCUAGAACAUUUGAACAAGUUACGACAAUCACUAUAUGAGCAGCAGUUUCCACUGAACGAAAUACAUUACAAUGUUAUGGUAAAAGCAUAUAGUUGGCACAAUCAGACUGUUGAAGCCUUUAAACUAGUAGAUGAGAUGAGAGAUAAGAAUAUUCCUAUUAGACUGAAUACUUACAAUUCGCUUUUCCAUGGAGCGAUUUCUGAUAAGGAGGCCGGCUUGCGACACAGCCUGAUCAUAUGGCAUUUAAUGCGUCUAAAAAAGAUUAAUCCAACUUUGACUACAUAUAAUCUUUUACUAAGAACAAUCAGAGAUACCAAUUUGGGAAGUUUAAAGCUUGACGACGUUCUUAUCUCAGGAUGGGAGAAGAGUAGAAUUAUGUUGAAGGAAGGCGAGAGGCCAGACUUGUUGGCAUCUCCACCUGUUUUGAGUACACUAUUACUAGCGGAAAAGGGACAAGAAAUUACACAAGAUGAUGUUAAUUUGAAAAAAGAGAUAGAAUCAACAAAUUUGAAUAAUGUAUUAGUCAAUAAUCGUUUGAUUUUAUUUGGUGGUAUGGAAGGAUUCUUAAAUAGAAUGGCUUAUUGCAAAAUCAAACCCAACAUUAAAACUAUUACGUUGCUUCUCUAUUUAAUUCCAAACUCGGUGCAAGCUGAGAAUCUACUCAUUGCAGCUGCAGACGAAAGAAAUAUCGAGUUGGACAUCGAUUUUUUCAAUAUGCUUAUUAAAAGACGUAGCAUGCGAUUUGAUUAUAAAGCUGCAAAGGAAGUAGUGAGCAUGGCAGAGAAGAGGGAUCUUUCCCCAAAUGUGAUGACUUUCGGAGUCCUGGCACUCGGUUGUCAAGAACAUAGAGAGGCUGAAGAAUUUUUGGAAGGAAUGGAGGCUUUUGGUUAUAGACCCAAUAAUAUAAUUAUGAAUACUCUCAUCCACACAGCCUGCCAUAAGAAAAACUUUGAAUAUCUCUUAUAUGUUAUGAAUUAUAUGUUAAAGAAUGAAAUAAGACCAAAUAGGCAAGCCAUCGAAGAGGUGGAGAAGUUUUCGAAAGAAUUACCGAAUAUCAAAAAGCCAACAGGAAAAUAUAGAUUACGAAAAUUGAAACGUUUAGAGAAGAACAUUGAUAAAUUUGAACAACAAUAUCUGAAAUGGCAGAAGAUGAUAGAAGACAAGAAUAAUUCGUAGUAGAAUUAAAUGUAUUAUUUCAGCAAAACGCGCAAAUUUGUUGGAAAAAUUUAUAUCGUUAUUGAUAUGUUCGUAAAUAUAUACAUAUGUGAAACGAAAAGAAUUGAUGAGUCAGCGAAGGUAAGGAGGACGAGUUUCUUGCGUCCAAGGUCGACUUCUGCCACCACCACUGAUGGCACGCGAUGGGCACGUUCCGCGAAUGCUGAGUUUA